CAAUGCGCCUUCGUUGUUUGUCAACUGCCAUUACACUCCAGAAGAAGAAGAAUCAGAAACAGAAACCUCAGGCUCUGGGAUGGAUGUUAACUUUCCGAUAUUUGGGUUGAGGUCGGACAAAUGCGGUGGAAUGGCCAUUUAGUCUGUCUUUUCACAAAGUAACAAUAUCAUCCAGGUAACACAUGUUGCCACUGUGAGAUCUCCGCCUCAUUGCUUGGAUGCUUUGCUGAUCUGGUCAUCAUCAGCCUCUGGAAGUCACGCUCCACAGGAUGGCAGAGAAUGGAAACCAGUCUUGCCUACAAGGAUCACAAGACACCCUGUCCUUCUUGGUAUGUUUGUUUCAUGUGUGGGAAGAGUGGGCCAGCCUGGAGCAGCUCAAGGACUACCUGAGCUUUCUGGAAUACCUCUUGUGGGUCUUCACCCCUCUCGCUGUUGUUUUCCUUGUGCCAUUCCUCAUUGUUAUCCUUCUUUAUCUUUCAAUUCUCUUCCUUCAUGUCUAUAAGAGGAAGAAUCAGCUAAAGGAAGCUUAUAGCAACAACUUGUGGGAUGGAGCCAGAAAAACACUGGCUACCCUCUGGGAUGGACAUGGAGCCAUAUGGCAUGGUUAUGAGAUCCAUGGAAUGGAGAAGAUUCCCAACAGAGGACCAGCUCUAAUAGUGUACUAUCAUGGAGCCAUACCUAUAGAUUACUAUUACUUCCUGGCCCGUGUCAUCAUUCAGAAAGGACGUACCUGCCAUUCUGUAGCUGACCACUUCCUCUUCAAGAUUCCUGGUUUCAAGUUGCUGUUAGAGGUCUUCUCAGUGAUCCACGGUCCUCAGGAAGAGUGUGUCCGGGCUCUGAGGAAUGGCCACUUGCUUGGUAUUUCUCCAGGAGGAGUGCGGGAAGCAAUGUUUAGUGAUGAGACCUACCGUCUUUUUUGGGGAAAACGCAAAGGCUUUGCACAAGUUGCCAUUGACUGUCAAGUGCCAAUAAUUCCUAUGUUUACUCAGAAUCUACGAGAGGGUUUCAGAUCUCUUGGGACACUAAGAUUAUUUCGGUGGCUGUAUGAAAGAUUUCGUCUUCCUGUAGCUCCAAUUUAUGGGGGAUUUCCUGUGAAAUUUCGAACCUUCCUUGGUGAUCCUAUUCCAUAUGACCCAAACAUCAAUGCAGCUGAGCUAGCAGAAAGAGUGCAGCAGGCGGUCCAGUCCUUGAUAGACAAACACCAGCAGAUUCCUGGGAGCAUCUUGAGAGCCUUGUUAGAGAGAUUCUACACAAAACGCAAAGAUUACCAACAUCAGAAUUAAAAACGAUAUGUCCAAUUUAUGAUGCGAUAAAUUGGAUCAUAGUUUAUGAUCCUACUUAUCACUGGAUUAUAUAUUUAUAUUGAUCCAAAUAUUUAUAUUUAACAUAUACUUAUGUUAAAUAAAUACAUGAACAAUAAAGUUCAUAUGAACUUUAUGAACCAUAAAGAUUAACUUUAUUGUCCUGGAGGAAACUUGUCUUGUUCAGACUCUGACAUCUGUGUAAUCCAAAACAAUGCCCAUCCCAUUACAUUCACACAUCAUACCUGUAAGAUUGACGCAUAACAUUCUAACUUGGAAAUGACUGGUUGCAUUCUGCAUGCACACUGUCCUUGUGGCUGUUUGUAUUAUGUCACUUGGUGAUUCCCUCAAAUCAUAUGUCUCUCUACAAAACUCAAUCUUACUGUAGGACAGAAAAAGAAAAAAAAAUACUAAGUU